AUGUCCGCCGCGGACGCGGACGAGGUCUUGUUCCACGCCUUACGAUCGUCCGGGAUCGAUGUGCAUCCCUCGUGGUCCGCCAUCGACGACGUGGUGAACGACGUCGACGACGAGUCGAGCGCAAACACCAACGCAUUGUUGAACAUCGUGCGACAGUGUUUAUGUUUGAUCGACGCGACGGCGUACGAGUCCUUGCCGAGGGGGUUUCCGCUCGAUGAUGGCUCGGGAACUUCCGUCGCGGAGCGGUUUCGCGUCGCGGGACGGUACGCGAGCGCGUUGAUCGAGGUCGGGGGCGAACAACGCGAUGGCGACGGGUUUCAACAGUUUUUGUAUCCGAGCGCGUCGAGCGCGCGAGCGAUGUUGAAGCGUCUGUUAGAGCUCUUACCCAGACGUGACGUGGAUGAGGCGGUAAGGGAGGCAGAGAAGGCGCGGGUGAGCGCGGCGAGCGCGCGACUGGGGUCUCGAGCGCGAGCGAUGGUGGCGCGGUCGACCAAGGCGGAAGCGGCUUGGGGACGAGCAGCGGGCGCGUUGAAGGGAUUCGCGGGCGUCGCCGCGGCGGCGCGAGCGAAGAAGAGGACGGACGACACGACGAACGCGAGAGAAUUUUACACCUCGCGUCUAACAACGAGCUCGAGCGGAGGUUUCUUCGGGAACCUGAGCGCGGACACGUACGCGGUACCAUCCGUGCUCGAGUACGCCGCGCGCGUGCGAGCGGAGGAAGAGGCGGAGGAAGACGCGCGACGUUUGAAGUUUAGCGGCGUCGUACGCGCGGAAUUCAUAGGCCCGGAUGGUAAACCAUUCGAUCUUCGAAAGCGAGGAGGUUUAAGAGGGCUUGUGGCAGAAAUUUUUAGGUUGGCGUUGGAGGGUGGAUUUUACACUGAGCCACGUGCGAUACAAGCUUGCGCCGAGCUCGAGGAAACACAAGUUGUGGACGAAGAUAAGGUUGUUGAGUCCGCUAACGACGUCGAAAACGCAGCCAUGGACACACUCGAGGAUCGAAUAAAGGCUCGCGAGCGCGAUUUGGAGGAUGUACAUCGAAGAAUAGACGAGGCGAUGUCUGUCGUGUCAACGGUUGAUGAUGAAAUCGCCGCGUGUGCAUCAAAGGUGAAAGAGGCGAUGGAGGCCACGGACGCCAAGCGUGCGCUCACCGCUGAGCUCGAAUCUAAUUAUUUGCUGCAUAAGCAAGCAGUGGGCAUGGUUCUCGCCACCGAUCGCCCCGUUGAAGAGAGCGAGGCUGAGCUGAACAAGGUGCUCGUGGCGGCGAAGGAGAGGCUGGAGCAACUCUCCGCAGAGUGGAACGCCGCGAAAACGCCAUUGCUCGCCGCGAUCGAAGCGCACGCGGAAGGAGCGAGAGAAAAGCGCAAGAAGGCGAAAAAUCAACUGGAGGAGAUUGAAAAGUGGCGAUCGGAAGGGAAAGACACGAGCUCGCUCCUGCGCAUCAAGGAACAAGAGCAGCGGCAGCUCCUGGACCAAUACGAAGCGGCGCCGAAGAGCGUGCACCGUCCCUCGUUUGUUCGACGCGUGAACGAGAUCAUAAAAAAUAUUAAGAAGCAAGAGAGAGAGAUCGUGAAAAUCGUCGGUGAUACUCGCAGUGUGCAGAGUGACAUCAACUCGGCUCAGGCGUGCUUGGAGCGCACGUACACAGUGGUAGAGGAGAUCUUGUUCAGAGAAGCUCGCUCGGAUGAAUUAUGCCGAGCAGCAUACAAGCACCUCCACGGUAUGCACGCCGGGUUCGCAGAUUUGAUCGAUAAGGUCGAGGCGACCGGUGUGGCUCGGCGCUCGCAGACGGAUCUGCAGAGAAAAUUAGUUGAGAUUUCAAAGCAGCCGAGCAACGUUGAGCGCGUGGCACGCGAUUUAGAAUUGAUGAAGAGACAGAUUGCCGAGCUCGAGGAAAAGCUCUCGACCACGGCGGCUUAG